AUGGUUCCUAAUCUUCGAUUUCAGUCACAUGCAAGUGAUCUUUGUGAAAUUUGCACUUCUUAUAAAGCAAAGCUAACAGUUGCAAAGCAAGAUAUUGAUGAAUAUAAUAAAGUUCAAGUUGAAUAUGAUGAACAUAAAAAAGCUGCAGAUCUUGAAAAACAGCAUUAUAAUAAUAAUGUUGAAGAAAAUAAAA